AUGAGGGUUAAUCAGAGACACAUUCGAAGUGAUGGGUUGUGCAAAAUCUGCUGUUGCGAGGGAGAAAGCAUUAUUCAUGCCAUUUUUCUUUGUUCGAAGGUCAGGGGAAUUUGGGAUUUUUCUCCCUUUGCUGAGUUGUUGGGGGAUGCUCCGUCUGUUUCCUUCUCAGAGAGACUGCUUUGGUUUCAUUUGAAGGUUAAUCAUGAUGAUUUUUUGCUCUUUGUGUCUUUGGCAUGGGCUGCUUGGGCUUACAGGAACUCUAUUGUGUUUGAGGAGCCUUGGCAGAGCAGAGAGGUUGGUGUGCUGGGUUUUGUCAAACUUGUUCAUGAUUAUUCUGAACAUAUGAAGGCAGUGUCUUGUGUGUCGAAUCGUGCUGGUGGUGUCUCUAGAGGUUCUUGGGUCCUUCCGGAUGCGGGUGUGGUUCGUAUUAAUACGGAUGCUGCUGUAUUUGAAGGUUGGGGUGUUGGUUUGGCUACUGUUAUUAGGGACUGUCAUGGUGUGAUUCUUGAUGUGAUUGUGCGCAGAUUGCAGGCUCAGAUGCAGGUUGCUAUGGCUGAAGCUUUGGCUGCCAGAAUGGGAGUGUAUUUAGCUAGGAGAUUGGGCUGGGACAGGGGUGGAGCUUGA